AUGCCUUCUUCCUCACGUAGGGUGUUUAACACCCAGUCCAGCACCGCAACAACAACACCAAUAACAACAACAACACCAAUAACAGAUAUGGCUGCUUUAACUCCAUACCGUGUUUCCUCCAGACUUGUGGAUCGUCUACGCUCCGCCGGUGAGGCGAACCAUAAUGUUACCUCAAACACUACACAUCACAAUAGUAGUCGUACCGCCACUGUGGGUAGUGGACAUCGCCAUUCCAUACAUUCUUCUCAUACCGCACGAGAACGAGGAGGAGGAGGAAGAGGAUUGGAUGAUAAGGCGGGAAUAGGAAAUCUCUUGCAUACGAGUACUCGGCGGCAUUUGCCACCGCAGGAAAACAGAAAUUAUAUAUCCCCAACUGAUAACUUGCAUUACUGUGAUGUUUCUGAACAGGAGGAGGUGGAAAGAGGAACGUCGGGUUCAAACUUUUUCCAAAGUGGUCGCCAAUUAAAUAGUAAUAAUCAACAGAAUUUUGAUUACAGAGAUGAAACUCCCUUAAUAGAAUUACAGAGAGGAUACGUAGUGGAUACGAGAAAUGAAGAAGAAUUGGAAUCUCGCACACCGCCGAAAGUGCGUAACCCGGCAACUAGUAUUCAUUUAAAUAGAGAUAACAUUCACUCACACAUAACACAACGAGCUAAGAAAGAUAAUGAUCAUUCAGAUUUAAAACGGUCCACAGUAGAACAUCAAAAAGGGCAAAAACGGCAUUCAGCAAAGAAACAGAUUCAAAAUAUGGUUUUGAAGAAAACUGAAGAAGCCUCAAAGACCAGUGACAAUGAUUUAUUUCAUAAUGUCUUUCCUACUACCAGCAAUGGUACCAAUCCUGGUGUUUCUACUAUUAGAAUGGAUCCACACUCUCCGAAUAUCUUGGGAACGAAAUCGUCUUCUUCCUCUUCUUCCUCAUACUUGAAUAGAUUACAGUCGCGUGUUAGGAAGCAGGGAGGCACGAGUUUAUCCUCUUCCUCUUCUUCAGUUGUAGAUGCUAGACCGAUAGCAACUUUUGGAUCGAUACAAGGAGGAGAAGGAGGAGGAGUCCCAUCUGAUUCUGUAGUUUCCUCACGGUUAGAAGAGAUACGUAGGCUUGUGAAGAAACGAUGUACGGAAGAAAAUCAAACCGCCGAUCAGCCGUUGUUGUUGCUGCCGAAGUAUGUGGUAGAUCCUCGUGCAAUAAAUAAUACACUGCAAUUUGCAGCGGAUGGAUCGCGUAUGAAUAGUUUAAGCGAUAGUAAUGCUGCUGUUCCUAGAACUGGAAGGGGACGUACGAAAAAUAAUAAUAAUAAUAAUAAUAAUAAUAAUAAUAAUAAUAAUAAUAAUAAUAAUAAUAAUAAUGUUUCUAGUGUUACCGUACUCUCUGAGAGGAAUACGGGGGUUAUUUGCUUUGUGUUUGAUACCUGUAGUCUGUUGAUUGCCACUGUGGAUAAACUAAAUGCCCUAAUGAAAUGCGGUAUGGUGUGUCUCCCAUCUGAUGUUAUCAGUGAGUUGGAUGGAAUGAAUACCUCUAAAGGUCAAAACCCAACAGAGAAAAAGGCAGAGAAACGGCGGUUUGCAGCUAGACGUGUACGUAACUGGAUCAUUGCGAAUAGUGGUAAAGAUUCCAAAAUUCGCGUUCAACGAAAGUGUGAAGUGGAACCCACAUAUGAUCGUAGGGCGGAGACAAGAGAUGAGUGGAUCUUGGGCUUCGCCGUGUAUUUGGAGCAGAAGGAGAGACUUCAGGUGGUGUUUAUCACCGAAGAUAAAUUUUUACGUGUAAAGGCGGGUGCAGAGCUCAGUGGUCGUGUGAUUUGUUGGGAAGAAGUCGUGAAGGAAUAUAUUCAAUCUUCUUCUUCUUCUACUAAGGGGCCACGCACACAGAAAUCAAAACAGAGGAAUAUUACCAAUUAG